AUGUCGCGGUGCUGUGACGUAAUGGUUCACGCCCCGCCCCUUUCUCUCAAGGCGGAAGUGGGAGCUGUGACGCAAUCAGAGCCGCGCCGCCACUCUCUGAAGGAAAGGCGGAAGUGGGGGCGGUUUGAGCCUAGGUCGCGGCGCCGUGACGCCAAAGAAGCGCGCCGCUGCCUCCGCCAUUUCCGCUGGUUGUCUUCCUGUGCUCUGAUGGCGGCUGCGAUGUUCCGGAGCCUGUUAGUGUCUGCGGCGGGGGCCGGGGGCUCUCGAGAGGGCCCCGCUCACCCUCCUCAGCCGCCGCCUCCUCCUCCGCCUGGUGCCUCCUCCUCCUCGGCCGCCCCGCACCCUCCGCCGCCCGAGGCCGCCUCUGCCGCCGCCCUGGAGGCCCAGUUCAGCUGCCCCAUCUGCCUGGAGGUCUUCCAGCGCCCCGUCCGCAUCGCCGCCUGCAGGCACACGUUCUGCGGAGAAUGCCUCCAGCCCUGCCUCCAAGUGCCCUCUCCUCUCUGCCCUCUUUGUCGCAUGCCCUUUGAUCCCAAAAAGGUGGAGAAGGCAUCCAGUGUGGAAAAGCAGCUCUCAUCCUUCAAGGCUCCCUGUCGAGGCUGUGGCAAAAAGGUGACCCUUGCAAAGAUGAGGUCCCAUGUCACAUCCUGUGCUAAGGUUCAGGAACAGAUGGCCAACUGUCCAAAGUUUGUCCCCGUCGUCCCAACUUCCCAACCCAUUCCCAGCAAUAUCCCAAACCGCUCUACGUUUGUUUGCCCCUAUUGUGGAGCACGGAAUUUGGACCAGCAGGAACUGGUGAAGCACUGUAUGGAAAAUCAUCGCAACGACCCCAACAAAGUGGUAUGCCCGGUCUGUUCAGCCAUGCCUUGGGGUGAUCCCAGCUAUAAAAGCGCCAACUUCUUGCAACAUCUCUUGCACCGGCACAAGUUUUCCUAUGACACGUUUGUGGACUACAGCAUCGAUGAAGAAGCUGCAUUACAAGCUGCACUGGCCCUCUCCCUCUCGGAGAACUGAGGGUUGGAACUCUUGCUGGGUUUUGCCAGCCUUUCACAUGGACCUUUUAUCUUUUUUCAUGAUGGGAGAGGCCUGGCCCUCAUCCUUCCCUUGGCUCCAUCCAGUGAGCGGCUAUCCUAUUCUGUUGACUUUAGUACUGCCUCAUUCUGCCAGGGAGAUUCUUCCUUCAUUUUCCAAACCAAGAGCGGAAAGGUUUGGAUGUAGGUGGCCAGCUGUGCAGAUGACAAAACGUAACAGAACUCCAUGCCUCUCCCAGUUUGAAUUUUGGGUUGGGCCCUCUUUACACUUCUGGUUGGACAUUCCCUAGUUAACAAGCGAGGGGGUGUGUGUUAUUUUAUUAAGAUGCUUUUAAUAAGAUUUUAGCACCAUCUUGUUAUCUUACGCGGUUUAUAUAGCAACAAGACAUUUCAUGGGGGUACUGUUGUCCAAGUGUUGCGGGGUGGGGUGGGUAUUAAGUCGUUCAAUUUUUUAAAAAUAGUAAUUUAAAAACAAAGCAAGCAUGGGCGAUCUAAACUUUGUAGGAUUAUUUAUUAUGCCCGCUGUUCAGCCAUGGCCACAAGGAACAUGUCAGUGAAAACUGCGCAUGGGAACGCCGACAGGAGUUUCGAAAGGAUCUGCAGAAUUAAACCCCCAAAUAUUCAACCCACCCCUUCUCUCCUCCCCUUGGCGACCCUUGCUUGUUUUCUACCAGGUUUUGUGAUAACUAGAGGUUCCUCGUGGGGUUUUGUUGUUCUUCUUCUACAUCUCUCAGUGUGACAAUAACUCUUUUCACAUUUUCUAUAGAGACAGCAGAAGUAGUUGACUCUUGAUAUCGCAGUAUCUGUGUUCGGAUAGGAACAAUAGUAUUUUUAUGAAGCAUUAUUUUUUAAAGUAUAUUUUUUAAAGAAAAAAACGCAGCCCGGAUUUUUGUUAAAGAAAAAUAUGACACUCCAAUUUGAGAAUUUCAGGCUGGAUGUUUGUUUUGGGGGGUGGAGGAAGGGGGGAGGCAUGCGGGAACUUGGAAUGUAGAACGGACCUCUUUUCAUUAACACAGGAGUAAUGGGGCGGUUGUCUUUUUAUAAAAAUGGUCUGGGGGUGGGGGGAAGAAGUCUCUUUUUCUGAUGUAAAGAAAAAGAUCUUUGAUGAAAUUA